AUGGGGAACGCGCUGGGGUGCGCCGGGCUGGGCGAGCGGCUGGCGGCGGCGGCGCGGGACGGCGACGCGGCGGAGGUGCGGCGGCUGCUGGCGGCGGACCCGGGGCUCGCGCGGUGCACAGCCACCUUCGGCAACCUCAGCUCGCCGCUCCACCUCGCCGCCACCAAGGGCCACCACGAGAUCGCGGCGCUGCUGCUGGAGAAGGGAGCCGACGCGAACGUGAGGAACGUGUACGGACAGACGCCGUUGAUGCAAGCGUGCCGCUCAGGGCACUGGGAGGUGGUUCAGACGCUUCUCGCCUUCAGAUGCAAUGUGUGGAAGGCGGACGGGCUGACCGGGCGCACGGCGCUGCACGCGGCGGCGGCGGGCGGGCACGUGCGGUGCGCGCGGCUGCUGCUGGCGGACGCGGCCGGCGCGGGCGAGGGCGCCGGGGCCCGGUACGCGAACCGGGCGGCGGGCGGCGGCGUCACGGCGCUGCACCUGGCGGCGCUGCACGGGCACGUGGACUGCGUGCACCUGCUGGUCGACGAGGGGGCGUCCCUGGACGCGCAGACGCUGCCCUGCGCCGCGGCGCCCAUGGCGGCCAUCGGCGCCGGGAGCACGCCGCUGCACUACGCGGCGUCCGGCGGCGAGGUCCGGUGCUGCCAGGUGCUCGUCUCCCGCGGCGCCGACCGGAUGGCCGCCAACUGCAACGGGUGGCUCGCCGUGGACGUGGCCCGGAUGUGGAAGUGCAACUGGCUGGAGCACGUGCUGGCGCCCAAGUCGCAGCUCCCCGUCCCCAAGUUCCCGCCCUCCGCCUACCUCUCCCUCCCACUCCCCUCCCUCCUCGCCGUCGCCAGGGACUACGCCGCCGCCGGCUUCCCCGCCUCGCCGGACUCCGGUGCCGGCAACGACGACGACGCCUGCUCCGUCUGCCUCGAGAGACCCUGCAACGUCGCCGCCGAAGUGUGCGGGCACGAGCUGUGCCUCAAGUGCGCGAUGGACCUGUGCACGGUGAUGAAGGCGUACGAGGUGCCGGGGCUGGCCGGCACCGUGCCGUGCCCGCUCUGCCGGAGCGGCAUCGCCUCCUUCAGGAAGGCCGUCGCCGCGGCCACCGCGCCGCCCGAGGACGACCACCAGAGCAUGGGCGGCAGCGGCAGCCUGCCCUGCGCGUGCGCGCGCUGCCAGGACCGCCACGGCAGCCCGGAGGAUGAGGAGGACGAGAAAAGCACAUGCCGGUCUUCCGGGCACCGGAGCUACGGCGGAAGCGGCUUGGACGGCCCGGAGGCCGCCAUAGCUCCCCUCUACUGCGCCCCGUUCACCGGCCCCUCCGCCAUCUUGUCCUGA